AUGGACUCCGAGCCUUCUCUCACCCUUGAGCGUUCCAUCUCGCAGCAGAGCGCAACCUCUCUAAAGAGCGCUCGCUCUUCUACCGUACGAGGCAAACGAUCCAAGCUGAACUCCCAACCCUCGAGCUCCGCCAGCUCUAUUGCUGCCUCCGACAACAAGUCACUGACGAGCUUCCCCUCCUUUUCUCCCGACUCGCCAAGGGGAGAGCACUCCUUCCCACCCGAUCCUGCGACCCCGGAACCAGAAAUCGAGCCGCCGGCGACUGUCCGGAAGAUAUCCGACACCAGAUCCAGUGCCUUUUCCCUGCUCGGCAACCUCACCGGCACCACCUCCGCCGCUGAACAGGCCGCACGUGAUGCCCUGUUUGAGGAUUCGCCGUUGUCCACCCACAAGAUACCCGGUGCCCUGCACCACGCAGACGACGGUCACAUCGGGCGCCUGAUUGCGAGGCAUGGCGCUGUCGCCCUUGUGAGGCAGGUUGCCACCGACCUAGCCCAGCGCGAUGCCCAGAUCGCCCAGCUGAGGAGGAAAGCCGAUGAAAGGGAGAGGGCCCUUCGCAAGAUCAUUCUGGAAUGCGGGCUCUCCAAUUUGGAGCUCGAGACGAGAUUGCGCGCUAUCGAGAGUGAGGUCAAGACCUCCCGCCCCGGCAACCGUCGGAACGAGAGCGGCCUCUCUGAGCUCAUGAGCGACGCAAUGCAAGAUACCGUCAUUUACAACGUCUUUGGACAGACCGAUGUCAGCGAUGCGACAAUCCGCGCCAACAACCUCUCCACCCCGACUAACCCUGACGGUAGGGGGACGACUAGAGGCUGGAAGGAUUAUCUCUGGGGCGGGACGAGCAGAAAGAAUAGCGGUCCCAACAGCGUCAACGGCGAUGACACGAAGCCGGGCACUGUUGUCAGGACUCAGUCAUACGGCGACAGACGGCCGGGACUGCAGGAUGACCUCUUCAGCCCGCCCCCGGAUAGCGUUACGUCGGAUAGUGCCCCGCCGAGAACCCCGAGCCGCGCAUCUAGCAUCCAGUCCGGCCCGCCUGGCUCUCGCAAAGCAUCAACCUCGGUUGCUGCAAGUCUCAUGAGACUGGUAGCUGGAGGUGCUCUCAACACGCGCGAGGGAGGUCCCAACCGCGGAAGGUCGAAUAGUGCCACCCAGCCGCCAUCAACCGCGCGAGCGUCCUCUGCCUCUAGCGCCAAAACCUCACAAUCGAGCCGGGCUGUCUCGACACAGGGCGGCCCCAAGGCGCUCAUGGCGAUGCGUCGAACGGGCCCAACCAAUAAUGCCCCUCCGAGCACAAACGCCGCCCGAACGCAGCCCCAGGAGAGGUGGGACACGAUGAUGAACAGCCCGCCGACUGCUGCGUCAAACCGGCAGGAGAGUUACGGUCCAGUCGAGAUGGACGCCAUUCUCCCACCCGAGACCCAACCACCAACAUUAACACACAUUUAUAACAAUUAUGUCGGUAGCGAAUAUCUUACCGACCGUUUUGGCUUUAUAUACGACCAGCGAAGGAAAAAGAGACAGCGUGAAGCAACGCAAAUUGCCCGUCAUAUUAAACAAGGGGGACGGACCGAGAUGCUGUCGAAUGGACGCUCCGACUUGUCUCCGCCGAUGAUUGAAGAGGAGGAGGUGCCGAGUCCCGCAGGUAGUGAAGAGCGACCAGACAGCCCUUCUUCUACAGAAGAACGUACGGGCGAAGGGAAGCCUAAGAAAUGGCAAGAUUAUCUCAAGCUGGCGACAUUCCCGACGGAGCUUCUUUCUCACACACCCGCACUCAGUGCUCCGUCUCUGGAAGUGCUCGAGGGAGGCGAGCUCGGCAUGAAGUCUCCUGGUCUUAUCGCAGCCGAUGAGCGAGGAUUCGUGCCUAUUGCAAGCACCACGACUUCGGUUAUCGACAGCGAGACAACGCCCCCUGUGGAGACCGAUGCGGCUUCGGGGACGGUUGUUCGAGAUGACACAGAGCCGGUGAAGCUACUCCUUCAGCACAUGGGUGAGCUGCACGACUCGCUUCAGAGAGAGAAGGCGGCGCGCUGGAAUGAGUUUCUGCGCAAGGUCAGAGCCGAGAGGAGACGAGACGGUGAAGCUGCUGCCGCCGCCGCCGCCGCCGCUGCCGAAGCCCGGUUUGAGCGGCCUGCCAUGAACCUGCCCGAGGCAGCGCUGGCCGAUGGCGAACUGAUCGGUAUUACCGGCCUCGGAAUCAAGGGCAAAGUCGGCCGCGCCAAGCGGACAGAACUCAAAAAUCUCGUCCUCGGCGGCAUCCCAGUCAACCUGCGCGCAAAGGUGUGGUCAGAAUGCUCCGGCGCCACAGCACUCCGCAUCCCAGGAUAUUAUCAAGACAUCAUCGCUCGCUCCGACAAGGAUGACGACCCGGUUGUGGUGUCCCAGAUCCAGAUGGACAUCAACCGCACUUUGACCGACAACAUUUUCUUCCGCAAGGGACCAGGCGUGGCGAAGCUGAACGAGGUUCUCCUGGCAUAUGCCCGCCGCAAUCCGGAAGUCGGCUACUGCCAGGGCAUGAAUCUCAUUGCGGCGAACCUGCUGCUGAUUAUGCCAUCAGCGGAGGACGCCUUUUGGAUUCUGGCCAGCAUCAUUGAAAACAUCCUGCCGGCGGGCUACUACGACCACAGUCUACUAUCCUCUCGCGCAGACCAGCAUGUCUUGCGGGAAUACGUGGCGGAUGUGCUCCCGAAGCUCUCACAGCACCUGGACGACCUCAGUAUCGAGCUCGAGGCGUUGACGUUCCAGUGGUUCCUCAGCGUGUUCACCGACUGCCUCUGCGCCGAGGCUCUAUUCCGCGUCUGGGAUGUGGUGCUUUGCAUGAACGACGGAAGCACAUUCCUGUUCCAAGUGGCUCUGGCGCUGCUGAAGCUCAACGAGUCUCAGCUUUUGCAGUGCGACACACCGGCGAGCGUUUACACCUACAUCAACCGGCAGAUGACCAACCACGCCAUCAGUAUCGAUAACAUGAUCAAGGCGUCGGACGCGCUCAGAAGGCUGGUCAAGCGCGAGGAUGUGGAGUCGCGCCGGGAGAAGGCCAUCCAGACGGAGAAGGACAUUGCGAAGCAGAGAGAAGAGAUUAACGAGGCCAAGAAGGCGAGCAAGGCCAAUGGCAACGGCAAUGGCAACGGCAGCAGCGAAAGUAUCAAGGGAGACGGCUAA